AUGUUCAAAUUCGUUGUAUUAACUGUUGCCUGUCUUGCUGUGGCUGUGUCUGCCCAGUACUGGGGAGGAGCUGGAUAUGGUGCAGAACAUCAUGGCCAUCACGAUUAUUAUUCGCAUCCCAGCUACAAGUUCGAGUAUGGAGUGAAGGAUCCUCACACCGGAGAUCACAAGAGCCAGUGGGAACAUCGGGAUGGAGAUGUGGUCAAGGGAGCGUACACCCUGCAUGAAGCCGACGGAACUGAACGUGUUGUGGAGUACUCGUCCGACAAGCACAACGGCUUCCAGGCUCAUGUGAAGCGAGUGGGUCAUGCUUAUCAUCCUCAGGUCUAUGGACACCAUGGCGGAUACUACGGAGGUCACGGUCAUGGUGCAGGAUACAGCUAUAGUAAACUGGAUCAGCAUUUUUAA